AUGAAACGUGCGGCAUCUCCAGAGUGUGGGGCUCGUAGCAGUCGCUUGCUUAACUGCGCACGUUCGCCUCGCAAAUAUGGCUGCUCAGCUCACUCAGUUUACACAAAGUUGAUGUCUUUCUCUUGUUCUGCUUCUCCCAUGGCGUCUCAUUUAUGCCCAGUAACGCUUUCACCUACUCUUCAAAUCUCCCUUAAUCCCGUUUCAGCCUUUUAUCGUCGAGGGCUCUUCUCCGCAGCGAGGUUCAGUGAACCAUCGAAGGGCACGCUUAAAUUACUACUAAGUAAGGAGCUUUUCGGACCCAGCAUGCCCACUUCAUCCCAGUGCAGCUGCAGUGACUCUCUCGCCAACCCUAUCGUUGAAAUGGGAGUACUCUUCUCUUUGUUUCAAGAAAUGGGGUUGGGCUAUGAGGAAACUCAAAUGCUGUUGGCCAAUGACCCUGAGCUUGCAAUGGUAUCUUUUGAUGCAUUACGUGCUCGGGUUCGUUCUUUGCAGUCUUUUGGUGGGUUUGAUCGUCUUGCUCUGCUGAACUUAGUCGCAAAGCGUCCAAAUGUAUUAACAGCUACGCAAAUUGAUGAUUUGAUAUGUUUUGUACGGGAUGAAUUGGAAGGUCAGAUAACUCAAGCACAGAUGAAACGCCUAUUAUCUGGUACAGAGCCAAGAUUUUUUGUGGAUUUUGAUCAAAAGGUCAAACUGCUUCUCACCAGAGGGGUUCCCCGUGAAAAGAUUGUUCAUGUGCUCAACAAUGUGAAUCUGACAAAGGCAGUGUGUUAUAGGUCCAUGGAUGAAAUCAAUAGAACAAUAGAUUUCUUAGACCCCUUUGGUGGCAUUAAUCUAAUUGUAAGGCGUCCUGCAAUUUUCAAUUAUGAUUUGGAUAAUCAACUGAUUCCAAGAACUAAGUUUUUGAUUGAGCUCAGUGGAGGCGAUGAAGAUGGCACUGGGAAAGUGCUGUGUAGGCUCCCGGCAAUUUUGAGUUACCGUGUGGAGCAUGUAAAGGGCCACGUAGAGUUCCUAAAGUCUUUUGUGCGCUUGAAUGAUCGACAAAUAUUUCGCAUAAUAAUGGUUUUUCCUAGUAUUGUUAGUGCUAGCAGGGAGAGGAAGCUGCGUCCUAGAAUAGAGUUUCUCAAGAAUUGCGAGUUGAAUUCGGAUGAAAUCUUCAAGUUCUUGAUAAAAGCUCCUUUAUUUCUAGGCCAUUCAUUUCAUGAGAAUAUUGCAUAUAAACUCGUGUUUCUGGUCAAGAUUGGGUAUAAAUAUAGGACAAAGGAUUUGGCAAUGGCAAUUGGAUCUACGACUAGGACAAGCUGUGAGAAUUUGCAGAAGUUAAUUGAUCUAUUCUUGAGUUAUGGGCUUUCAUGCGAAGACAUAGUUGUUAUGAGCAAGAAGCAUCCUCAGAUACUGCAGUACAAUCAUACAUCUCUAGAGAAGAAGAUGAAGUACCUAAUAGAGGAGAUGGAUCGUGACAUUGACGAGUUACUAGCUUUUCCUGCAUUCCUUGGUUACAAGCUGGACGACAGAAUUAAACAAAGGUUUGAAGAAAAGAGCAAGAGGGGAUCAAGAAUGUCUCUCAACAAGCUUUUAACUAUUUCAUCUGAAAGAUUCACAAGUAAAAGAAAGAAGGCCUCUGAGAAACUCAAUGCAAUAGGAAAUAUUGAUGCAAGUGAAGGUCUUUGAGUCAACGUCUUUUCC